CUCCCUCUCAGCCAUGGGCGUCGCUUCCGUCAUCCACAACGGCGUCCACAUUCCCCUCCAAUUCAACUCCGACCUCCCUAGGGUUUCGUCACGAUCUCCGGCCCCAAAAUGGAGCAGACCUCACUCUCUUCACCACCUCGUUCUUCGCCUCCGCACAGGUAGUGGCCAUGGUCGGCAGACCGUGCCGAUUGUGUGUUCUAGAGCAACUGAGCAGGACGAUGAUGUAUCCACCUCAGGUGAGAGGAUUGAACCUCAGUCGUAUGAUGGCAUUAGUAAUGUGGACACUUCUCACAGUUCUGAUCUGGAUAAAUCAAAGGGAGCCGAAGCUUAUGUUACUUCUGUAAGAACUGUAGCUUUUUGGGUGUGCACUGCAGUUGCAUUUGGAGUUGGUGUGGGUUUUAAAGACGGUGUUGGCAAGGCGACCGAGUUUUUCGCUGGGUAUUUAUUGGAGCAAAGCUUGUCAGUGGACAAUCUCUUUGUGUUUGUUCUGAUUUUCAAGUACUUCAAAGUGCCACUUAUGUAUCAGGGUCGUGUUCUUUCAUAUGGUAUUGCUGGUGCAAUCAUCUUUCGGUUGACAUUGAUACUCCUCGGAACAGUUACACUUCAGAGGUUUGAGGCAGUAAAUCUUUUCCUUGCUGCAAUACUACUUUACUCAUCCUUCAAGUUAUUUUCCAGUGAAGAAGAUGACACCGAUCUAUCUGAAAACUUUGUUGUGAAGACAUGCCAGAAAUUCAUCCCUGUCACCGCUAGUUAUGAUGGCAAUCGAUUUUUUACAAUUCAAGAGGGUGUGCGUAAGGCCACACCUUUACUUCUCACAGUAGCAGUUAUUGAGCUCAGUGAUAUAGCAUUCGCUGUCGACUCCAUACCAGCAGUUUUUGGCAUUACGCGGGAUCCUUUCAUAGUUUUCUCUUCUAAUUUAUUUGCCAUCGUAGGUUUAAGGUCACUUUACACACUCAUUUCUGAGGGUAUGGCAGACUUGGAGUAUUUACAGCCGGCAAUUGGUGUUGUUCUGGGCUUUAUUGGGUCUAAAAUGAUCCUGGAUUUUUUUGGGUUCCACAUAUCAACGGAGGUGUCACUUGGUUUUGUAGCUACAAGUCUUGGUGCUGGGGUGCUAUUAAGUCUAAUGAAGAAAUCUGACUAGCUUAAGAAGUAAAUCAAGCUCAGAGCAGGUAACGAAUUUUGCACUUUUUGAUAAUUGCCUGCAUUUUCCUACUGAGUUUUAAUAAUUACCGCACUUGAUAGUUUGAAUCCAGGAUUAUAACAUCUAAUGCUACAAAGUACCAAGUAAUCUUUGAUCAUAUGUGCUCAUUUUGGUCAAGAAAGGAAAGUGUUUUGUUGAGGGUUUGUCUCAAAGAUUCUGAAAUUUUAACAAAACGAUUUGUUAUGAUAGUAUAAGGGAUACAUAGAAGGGAAACAUGUGAGGUUGAAGGUCGGAGGAAGGAAGUCUUGGAUACGUUUGCCGCAGAGUGAAAAUUCCUCUUCUUCCAACAAGGACAAACCAAUAAGGCUCUGUCAUCAAUCGUACUCAUAAUUUGGCUGAAUUAUGUCAUUCAGUUUUGUAAAAAGAGAUUGGCUUUCAUUUGGUUGUAAUGAGAAACAUGAAUGGAAGAAAAUCUCUUAGAUUCAUGUAUAGUAGCAAGUUAUACAUUAACUUUUUUUUAAUGA